AUGCGGCACUGGAACUGUGUCAACGGAUAUAUAUAUCAUCAUCAUCACUGUCCCUUUUAUUCUGUCAAACAAAAGCAGCCGAGAUGCACUCGAGCACAGCACAGUGCAAGCAGUGGCGGCGGGAAACAAUCACGCUUGGGAAACAGCCAAUUUUGCCCCCCCACCCAUUUCUAUUCUCGGCCCAAUCGAAAGUUGAUGUGGAGAUUUAUUGACCCUCGCCGCACCGAGCAUUGACAGGAGCUAUCAACCAGAGUAACAAUACCGGUAUGAUACGAGUAGUGGAGCAUCAGGGAAUACCGUACUUGCUUUUAACCCCUCUUCCUACCUUAUCCUGGCCAAUAAUAAAUACGAAGCGGAUACUGUACGGUACUGUACGAUAUUGGCGCUGUCUCACCCCCACGUGAACACGUUAGGAGAUCGUGACGCGUGGUUAGGCGAUACUCGAGUACAGGGAGUCAGGGUUUAAAGGGAAGUGGCAAAUUGAGGGGGAAAAGAGUUUAGAACAACAUCCUUUUCAGGAGGAGCGUUCAAUAUCGGUACCUGUACUCAAAUACGAGCACUCGAGUACAGUACAGUACCAGUACCGGUACUGGUAUACCAUUGCACACUUGUAUCAUUGAUACAAGCUUGGACCUCGCCCACACCAAAACAUGCCCACCACUUAAAGCGUGUUUCUUCGGUGCUCUUUAAACAGUGGCUGAAUGGUGGGAGGUCGAAGAGAUAACAGGAAACUUUUUUAGGAAAAUCAGCCUUUCAAAUUAGCAAAGGAUGAUUCUGUUUCUCGUUGGACAGGCACCAUAUCAAAAAUUCACAAAUGCUCAAGAUAAACACGGGCCCGCCCGAAUGACCGAGCCAGAAAUGUGUAAAUUUUUCAAAAACAGGAGAUACGCUUGGCGUUAUUUGUUGUCAUUUUUAUAUUAUACAGGUAUUUCCUUUACCAUUUCCACAUUAUUUACUUGUUCAAAGGUGUGAAGCUGGUGCAUUGGGUUGGGUGAGGUCCAAGUUUAGACCGAUUGUAUGCGACGACACUCGAGUAUCUAGCAUAAAGUAUCAUAUCUUAAAAUGAGACAGGGUCUUUCCUCCACGAUUGUUGGGUCAUUGUGUAACAGUGACCGCACUUUU